GGGCCGGGUCCUACCGCCGCCGCCGCGUCCAUCGCCUCACGCGUGGGCCCGGGGCCGCCCCGCCGCCCGCCCUCCAUCCAUCCCACCAUCCCACCCGCGCUCCCUCCAUCCAUCCGUCCAUCCGGGGGGGCUGCGGGGCCGCCGGGGGUUUCGGCCGGGCCGGACGCGGAGACAAGAGGCUCUGUCCUGUCCAGGGAGAACUGCUGGGGUGUUUUCUUCAUGAGCUGAGAUCAGAGGGGUCUUUUCUGCCUGAGCCAACUCCGACUCUCCUUCAGGGUUGCCGACUACCCUGUGUAGGCAAGAGCUCUGUCACCAUGUCAGUCAGCGUCCACGAGAACCGUAAAUCCCGGACUAGCACCGGCUCUAUGAACAUCUUGCUUUUUCACAAAGCUUCCCACCCAGACUGUGUCUUGUCCCAUCUGAACACCCUGCGGAAGCACUGCAUGUUCACCGAUGUCACCCUUUGGGCAGGAAACAGGUCAUUCCCCUGUCAUCGGGCAGUGCUGGCUGCCUCCAGCAGAUACUUUGAAGCCAUGUUCAGCAAUGGCCUCCGGGAGAGCUUGGACGAUGAGGUGAACUUUCAUGACAGCCUCCACCCAGAGGUGCUGGAGCUACUGCUGGACUUUGCUUAUUCCUCUCGGAUCAUCAUCAAUGAGGAGAACGCUGAGUCCCUCCUGGAGGCUGGAGACAUGCUGCAGUUCCAUGAUGUCCGAGAUGCAGCAGCUGAAUUCCUGGAGAAGAACCUCUACCCUUCCAACUGCCUGGGCAUGAUGUUGCUCUCAGAUGCUCACCAGUGCCGGCGGCUCUACGAGCUCUCCUGGAGGAUGUGCCUGGUCAACUUUGAGACUGUUCACAAGAGUGAGGACUUCAACAACCUGUCCAAGGACACUCUACUGGACCUCAUCUCCAGUGAUGAGCUGGAAAUUGAGGAUGAAGAAAAGGUCUUUAAGGCUGUCAUCCAGUGGGUGAAAUACGAUCUGGAUGAGCGGAAGGCUUAUCUCCCAGAACUUCUGAGGAAUGUUCGUCUGGCCUUGCUUCCUUCUGAAUGCCUCAAGGAAGCCUUGGCUUGUGAGGACUUGAUCAUGGUGGAUGAAAGGAACAAGCUUGUCUUGGAUGAAGCUAUUCAGUGCAAGAAGAAGAUCCUCCAGAAUGAUGGGGUGGUCACCAGUCCCUGUGCCAGGCCUCGCAAGGCUGGGCACACCUUGCUGAUCCUGGGAGGACAGACCUUCAUGUGUGAUAAGAUCUACCAAGUGGAUCAUAAAGCAAAGGAGAUUAUCCCCAAAGCAGACCUGCCAAGUCCUCGGAAGGAGUUUAGUGCCUGUGCCAUCGGUUGCAAAGUAUAUAUCACUGGAGGUAGGGGCUCGGAGAACGGGGUCUCUAAAGACGUAUGGGUGUAUGACACUGUUCAUGAGGAAUGGUCAAAAGCUGCUCCAAUGUUAAUAGCUCGGUUUGGGCACGGUUCGGCUGAAUUGGAGAACUGCCUCUAUGUGGUUGGUGGACACACUGCAGUAGCUGGAGUCUUUCCUGCAUCUCCUUCUGUUUCCUUGAAGCAAGUAGAGAAGUAUGAUCCCAUAUCCAACAAAUGGACAAUGGUGGCCCCUUUGAGAGACGGAGUGAGCAACGCCGCGGUGGUGAGCGCCAGGCUCAAGCUUUUUGUCUUUGGUGGGACCAGCAUUCACCGAGACAUGGUGUCCAAAGUCCAGUGCUAUGAUCCAGCUGAGAACCGGUGGAUGAUCAAAGCCGAAUGCCCGCAGCCCUGGCGCUACACGGCAGCUGCUGUCCUGGGCAGCCAGAUUUUCAUCAUGGGAGGAGACACAGAGUUCACGGCAGCAUCUGCCUACCGCUUUGACUGCGAAACGGACCAGUGGACACGCAUCGGGGACAUGACAGCCAAGCGCAUGUCGUGCCACGCUUUGGCCUCGGGGAACAAACUCUAUGUGGUGGGGGGUUACUUUGGGACUCAGAGGUGCAAAACGCUGGACUGCUACGACCCUACGUCAGACACGUGGAACUGUAUCACAACGGUGCCUUACUCGCUCAUCCCCACAGCUUUUGUCAGCACCUGGAAGCACUUGCCAUCAUGAUGAGGGUCAGGGCUAGGGCACUUGUAUCCAGGAGGUCAAUAAGGUGCCAGAGUCACAUCCACGUCCCCUGUCUUGCUGCUGGAGCCAACACAGCGACCGUGUCCCCUUCCUGUCCUCCGGCGUGGGACUCCAAGGAGCCUUCCCAGCUCCAGGAGCGGGAGGCACGGCCGUCCCUGUCACCAGCACUGCACCGGGGGGACACCAAGGGCCACCCAGCCCCACCACCGGCCACUGCACGGGGAUGGCUUGGAGCCCGGAGUGCUGGCUGCCGGGCUGGGGCCAGGGGGGCCAGGGGACAGCUCGUGAGUGCCAGUGGCCCCACCAGGCUGGGGAGAUGGAGGACGUGCAUCCCUCAGCAAGCACGGCGUGGGGAGCCGUGAGGUGCUUUUUGUUACUCAGUUGGGGAGGGGGUGGGUUAAGAGAUAUUGAUAUUAUUUUUUUUUUUUUUUGGAAGGCAGUGAACUUCCCAUUGGCAGGGGCUGCUGUUUGGGUGGCUUGGAAGGGUUUUUUUUUUUUUAAAGGGCAAAGGGGCAGGCUGGCAGAGAGCAGCACCCAGCUCUCCCCAGCCUCUGGCCGCUCCACGGAGGUGAUGGCUGUUGAAAUACUCAAGCGUGGGAGCUCAGGGCGGCUGCCAGCAGCGCCGGGUACUGUGGCAAAACAGGGCAGGUGCCUUUUGUUUUGCACUUUGGGCCUUUUUUUUUAAUUAUUAUUAUUUUAUUAUUUUUAUUUUAUUUCCCCCCUUUCCUCGCUGCAGCGGGUUGCCAUUUGGUCUUGCCAGCUGCUGGGGAGAGCUCUGUUAGCGUGCCAAGGCACCGGCCCCGCUGCCGAGAUAUUCACCAGAUAAACCCCUCUGCCUGCUCAGAGCCGGUCUUCUGAGUCUCCCCGCCGAGCAGCGCGUGGGUGAGGGCCUAAUUAGCAAACGAGCAGAAGCAGAGAGGUGCAGCGGGGCAAAGCUCGCGCCCUGGGAGGGGGCGUCCUGCCCCUAGUGAGGCCUCGGAGGGACGGCGAGCGGACUUGGGGGGGCUGGGGAGGGAUCCCCUCCCUCCUGCUGUGCUGCACAUCCUGGCUCCUCCUUGGGGAGAUGGGGGCAUUUUUGGCUGCACGUUGCCCGCCCGUGGUCGGGCUGUAGCUGCCCCGGGUUAUCCACACAAAACCGGCUGAAUUUGGGUUUAGCUCGAGUGGCUCCUCAUUCCCGCUGCGGAGGAAGACCCCUGGGUUUUGGCUGUCCAUACGGGGAUGCAGCUCCUGCCUGGCCUCUUCCAGGGCUGGCCACCACCAAAGGCUGGUUCUGCUGGGAAGCCCCAGCAUCCCGCUUCCCUCCGCCACAGAUCUGGUCCUGCAGAUGCUCUGGGUUUGCCUUUUGCCCCUGGAUUAGGUUAAGCUGAAGCCUGGCCAGCUGAAUGAUGCAAUGUGAUGAAAAGCCUUGACAUGGCUUCAAACAACAAAGGUCUUUUUGGAGCAAUGAGCGCCUGUUGCUGCCGGGAAGAACACACUUUGUGCACAGCCGGUCUGCGAUGCUCUGAAUGACGUUUAUUUACAUUUUCUAAGGUUGGUUGGUUGCUUUUUUUUUUUUUUUUUCCUCCAGCUGCCUGCGAACUUUAAUAAAAAAUGAUGA